UCUCCCGGACAUGGCGGGAAUGAUUUUUUCACUCUUUCUACUGUGCAACAAAAGAAAAAGCCACCUGUAAAUUGGGGAGAGAGAGAUUCAUUCAAUUCUCUAAACCGGGUAGUUAACAGAUAGUAAACAGUAAAAGAGAGAUUUGAAUGGCCUUUGUCUGGGCCCAGGUGAUUCAAACCCAGCAGACAAUUAUAUGGAACGAGAAAUAAAAGCCAAAUUUUACUAGCAGUCCAAGCUGUGCGUGCUCCUGUUAGGCAGGCCGUGCCCUCCAUGACGGCAGAGCCAGUGGGCCAUUUGCAUGGAAGGACCAGUUGAAUGAAGAGACCAGAUUCUCACUACCUGGCAUGCAAAAUCAUCAGGGCAGCAGUUAACACACACACACAUACACACACACACACGCACACACACACGCACGCACACACACACAGGUGUGUCUGCUGCCGUGGCCUCCCUCCAGAGGUAUGGAAAUGAGCACUGAGAUUUGCGCUUUCUAACCGCUGAAUAGGGUGAGGGGGGGAGGAUGGUUAGAAGACACACACAUAGGAGGAUUACAGUGAAGAGGGAGGCACAGAUCAGCUGUGAGCACAGUGUCUGUGGACAGGUGAGGGGUUGCAAGGUUUAAGGUGAUGUGGUGGAGUAGAUGCAGUUCCAGUUAGAGUUUGAGUCGAGUUAAAGUUUGAGUUGCGAUUGUAAGUAAAGCUACAUAAUCAGUUAGAUUGGUUCAAAGGAGGCUCAAGGAAAGAAAAUCAAGGAUGCCACGUUCAUUUCUGGUGAGGAGGAAGCGAGAAGCGUGCGGUGUAUGGACGUGGGGAGAUGCUCAAAACUCAUCCUGGAUCAAUCACAUCUGUGCAGCAGUGGCAGUAAAGGCACCUGGCAUUGUCGGUCUGCAGUCAGUGCCGACAUUAAACAGUGCUCCUUCUGGACCGGUAAACACAUCCAGCAGUGCUGACCUAGAGGCAGCUUAUGUGUCCAGCAGUAAUGAAUCAGGAACAAUGAGUCCUGAGCACUGCCACUCUCAGCAGCCUCCUCAGAGUCUCUUUCAGACAGUUCCUUCGUCUGAUCCAGCCUCAGCCACCAGAGCCAAGGUUCCUGCCCCCAGCUCUGGAGACUUCCAGUGUCCUGUGUGCCAUAAAAUUUUCCCACUCCAGCGCAUGUUGACGCGACACCUGAAGUGCCACAGCCUUAUCAAGAGGCACCCGUGCAGGUACUGCGGCAAAGGCUUCAACGACACCUUUGACCUGAAGAGGCACAUGCGCACACACACAGGUGACGACACUCUACACACGCACCUCUUGCAGAGAUCUGUACCCGCUAGAAGCCCUCCGUUUCUCACCCACACACCCCUGUGUGCAGGUAUCCGGCCGUACAGGUGCGAGCUGUGCGAGAAGGCUUUCACGCAGCGCUGCUCGCUGGAGUCUCACCUGCGCAAGAUCCAUGGCGUGAGGCAGCAGUACGCGUACCGGCAGCGCCGCUCCAAGAUCUUUGUGUGUGAGGACUGCGGCUUCACUUCCAGCCGGCCCGACGAGUACUUCAUGCACGUGCGUCAGAGGCAUCCGGAAAGUCCUGCACUGCGCAGAUACUACCGCAAACACAUGCAGGAAACGCCCACUCAGCCCCGCAUCUCGCCCUUCAUGCUCUACCCAACCACAGCGUUUUACAUGUGAAACCCAACGCACUGUUUCUCUGAGCCUCUGCUGCCGCUGCAUACGUGAUAACACGAGCAGGCAGCUUCAUGUAGGCCCACUGGCAUGAUGUUAUACAAAUACGCUAUAUGGCCAAAGGUUUGUAGACACCUGACCAUCACACCCACAUGUGUUUUUUGAACAUCCCUUUCCAGAUUUAGUUCCCCUUUGCCAUUAUAAUAACCUCCACUCUUUCACUCUGAGAAGGCUUUCCAGUAGAUUUUGGAGUGUGGCUGUGGGGAUUUGUGCUUUAGCAUGAGCAUUAGUGAGGUCAGGCACAGUCAGCAUUCCAGUUCAUCCCAAAGGUGUUCAGUGGGGUUGAGGUCAGGGCUCUGUGCAGGCCACUCAAGUUCUUCAACGCCAGCCUUGGCAAACCAUGUCUUUAUGGACCUCACUUUAUGUACAGGGGCACUAUCAUGCUGGAACAUGUUUACGCAUCUUAGUUCCAGUGAAGGGAAACUGUAAUGCUACAGCAUACAAAAACAUCCUAUUGUGUGCUUCUAACUUUGUGGCAACAGUUUGGGGAAGAACCACCUAUGGGUGUGAUGGUCAGGUGUCCACAAAUGUUUGGCCAUAUAGUGUAUGUGAAGGUGGACAGUGUAUAAAAAAUUUAUUGGGGUAAAGUCUGCUGUUUUAUAUCAGAUUUUGUAACUGUUUUUCCAUCUUUAACAUAUUUCCUUCUCAUACUUCUUAAUAUGUCAUGUUCAUUAUGCCUGUACAGUUAAUAUAAUCAUUACUUUGGUUAUUAUUUUUUAUAUGUGUUAAUAACGUUUGUAUUUUAAUAAAAAUCUUUCUUGAGAAGUUUUGUAAUACAAGAUCCAAUAUUCUGCACCAAAAACCUGAAAAUAUAAUUCAGAUAAUUCAUCUAAACUGUGCUGUCCCAAAACAGUGCAUUACAAUC